AUGUCUAUUGAGAAUUCUUCACAAAGUCGGCUUAACCAAAUUGAAGCUUAUGAAUCACAAUUAAAGGAGUAUAAUAAACAUUUUGAAAAUUUACUGAAUGAACUAUCAUUAGAUUUAGAAAAUGUUAAAAUUCAGCAGCAGGAAAUCAAGUCUUUAGUAAAUUGUCCAUUUAAUCCAGCUCAUAAAGUUCCCUCUAAGUCCUUUGGACGACACUUUCGAAAAUGUGAAUUGAAAUUUCAUGGCAUACAUAAUGAACUUGGAAGGAGGAAGAAAUUGCCAAGUUCAAAUUUUUUUUAUCAAAAUUCUCCGUCUGUUAUAUCCUUGAAUAAAGAAGAAUUACAACAGAUAUCAGAAAUUAAAGAAGGGCCACUGUCUUUAACAGUCGAUCAAAGAUUGCAAAAAUACGAAAAAGAAAUUGGAAUGUGUGAUCAAAUUCGUGAACAACAUCAGCAACAAAAAAAGGAUAUAUAUCAAAACUUUGAUCAAGUUUGGGAAGCCAUACAAAAAAUGAAAGAACAAAGUCAAGGACAAAAAACGCGGGAAGAAUUAUUAGCGGAACAACGCGAUUAUAAACGUAGAAGAAAAUCUUAUAGGGCCAAGAAUAUUAAAAUCACCCAAAGGACACCCACGCAGGUACAUAGAGAUAUAAUUGCGGCUUAUAUGGAAGAUUUUAAAUUGUUGGCGCAAUUCGAAGCAAGCCAACAAGAUCAAAUAGAGCUGCCACCGAAGUCUUUUUAA